AUGCGCGUUAGUGGAGGUACAGACAGGCGGACGGGCAGGCGAGGAGGCAAAGAGAGGUGGACAGACGAGCGAGCAUUUAGCGGCUUAACGGGUCCCAUUUUCACAUUCCGGCGCAGAUACACACACACAAGCACACUUAGUGAGAGACAGUUGCAUCGUAAUACCACGCCAGAGGCUGCGUCAAUGCUGUACGACAUUCAAGGACCUCAACACCUCAAAUUGCCGUUUCGAAGCACGAGAACCCCGUCUCCACCGCGUCGACAUAGACACAUUUCCCCCACCACCGGAUGCAACACCUCUUCGGUGUCGAAGUCUGCUCGCCUUGUCUCGGCCAUUCAGAUGGGGCAUACUUGUUGCCUUAGGCGUUACAUUUUGGAUCUCCUCAACGAUAACUCGAGCCAGAAGCCCACCUCACCAAGCACUAACUGUGGAAGCAGUAUUUUGGAUCGAAGAGCCAUGCCUCCGAGACCGGACUAUGAGUGGAUUACUGCAAGAAGACAACUGUACUUCACUCUGCAAGGCAGCACCUGCACAACAGAGUUCGAGCAGACCUCCAGUCCACUGAUUUGGGCUGUGGAUUGUCGAGAGUGGUCGUGUCUACGACUAAUGUGUACCAUUCAAGCGAUAGAGCAGGAGGAAGGGGAGGAUCCUACAAAGGAGACUUUCCAGGGAGCUGUAUACAAUCCCAGUCAGCCACAACCCGUUCGACGCAAGAUAAUCAACUCUUGCACUGGAAGAUUCACACAUUCGCCGUGUGCCUCACAGACGUGUGUGUGCUGCACACCAGAAAGCCAUCGCAGGAAAUCUGGCGAAUUGGACCUAAUUCAACAUGACGAUUUUCCAGACUCACUGCGGCAGCGACUUCGUCCAUUUGCCAACGUGAUGCUCAGUGUAUCCUUCUCGAAUCUCCACAAUACUAGAAGUAGCUGCACCAUCAGCAACGGCAGUGAUGUCUCCAGUCCUGUAACUGGAAGUUUUUUGGACAUACGAUCCUGGAAAUCUGCUCAAUCUAGUCCACGUCGAGACAUCUCUCCCUCAAAUCGAUCUCCACAUUCCACACACAUCAGAGGGGUUAAUUCGGUGGUACUCAUCGGUUGUCCAAAUGCCAACGAGCAUUCAUCUCAACAUCGAAAACGUCCCACGCCAUACCGAACAUUCUGGGUGCGUGGUUCGUACACCUAUCAGUCGAUACUGGAUUACUUCUUUGCUACAGGAUAUGAAAUUGUUGGUACACACUGUCUCCUGCGUCAGGCUUCACACAUGGAUUGUGAACACUGUAGACAGGAUGCAGACUACUCUGACUACCCAAAUUAUCCCACUAGUCCACUGGAUCCUCGAAAUGAGAUCUUCUUUGAGCACUUCAGCCAGUUGGAACGUAUGCUUCAGUCUUCAGGAGUUUCAGCCAACCGUCUCGACUCUGUCAUGGCCUUCAACGCCUUGGCAAUAAGUGCUGGACGUCGGCUAGCAGGGUGGUGCUGCCACGGAGCUGAGGGUGAUCCAACAAUAGGUGCAGAUCUUGAAGAACCCCUAAUAGAAUGGCGAAUUCUAGCUACGUUGAUAGAUCAUGGAUUGGAUGAAUUUGAGUGGAUGGAAUUUCUUUCACCUCAACAGAAUUUCAUCGGACAUGCGUUGUGCGUUCUUGCCUGGCCGAUGCAUGGAUGGAGUCGGACAGAAGCAGCUACUUUGUCUAGUUGUGUAUCCAAAAAGAAGACUGGUUCAUUUACUGGAUUUAGCGGUGGAGGCGGAGGUGGGAGUAGGCGAAUUCGAAGGCGAUCAUCGUCCCCCCUUGGAAGGAAUGGUCUCGGUCAUCCACUUCCACCAGCACCCCUGGGAGCUGCACUCCGGCGACAGGCGUGCCUCCUUUUGAUUAACCUCUGGUCUUUGGGCGCCUUCACUUCGCAUCACAUAGUUCGCAGGCGGAGUGGAGGCACCAUUGGAAAUGCAGUCUCGAGCAGUCGAAUUUGGGAUCCACGGCCAGGGAGUCAGAGAAGUCAUAGCUAUACUGCUACUAUGGAGGGUGGAGACUUAAGACGGAUUAUGCUCAAGACCAUCUCCUCCAAAUCGGAUCAAAUUGGAGUGGCAGAGGAAGUCAACUUGUUCAGUUCACUCGCCUUGACCCUAACCAAUCGAUUGGUGACAUAUGACACCAACUUCCACAGUGUCAGUUAUGGUAAUUAG